AAUCCAUGCUGGUGGGAAAGCUGAAUACACAGGCAUGGACACUUUAGAAAUUUAUGCUGAUUUUAAGAAUGGUUGUGUAGAUGAUGUGAGAUUAGAUGGCAGAGCCCUUCCAUUGCCUCCAGCAUCCAAUGUGACACAGUGGGGACAAGUAACAAUGGCUCUUAAUCUUGAGCAUGGUUGUGGAUUUUCCUCUGGUUGCAACUUCAUAAUUUGUACAGAACCAGUGAAGUGUAGCGAUAAAUUGAAGCAAACUAAUUGCAUGUGCAGUGAUGAAAAAGUACUGGCUACCAAAAGUAAAGACUGUGCUACAGAGACCUGUGAAAGAAAGUCGUGCAUUGGUUCAGAUGAAUGCUUGUACCAGAACACAAAAUUUCACUACAAUUGUCAGUGUCCAGAUGGUGAAACAGGCAUGAACUGCAAGUUUUUGGGAGACAAAUCUGCCUUCAGUCUCACGGCCUGGAGUUUGACAGCCUUGUUACUAAUCAGUGUCUUAAUUCUUGUUUUGGCUACUAGUCUAAUUGGUUACAAGUAUUUCUUCAGCAUCCAUAGGAGAAUUGAGGUUAAAGAUGACAUCCAAGAAAAUGUAAUGAAUUAUGCUGAUGAAGCAGGAAGUGGGAAUGGUGGGACAUCUGGCAUAAAGCCAGAGAAGGCAUCUAUUAAUGAAACUGAGGCAUCAGUUUCCAUGGAACUACAUGACUUGAAAGGAAGUUCUGGACCAGACACGAAAUACUUGAUGGAACACAAAAACAAAAUUGACACUGAUUUGCUUUCUGAAAACAGAGAUGAACUGAAUGUGUAUAUUUAUGAAGGUGGUGGAACAGCAGCUAGUUCUUUUUCAUCUUUGUGUGCAGAUUUUCAGGAAAAAGAACCUGAUACUGUGAAUUUUGCACAGAGGGGAUCAUUUUGCAUUUUAUUGGAGAAACAGUGCCAGACAGAAUUGUAACAGUUGUAUUGAUAUUUACAGAUUUCUCACACAAAUCAGGUUUCAUUACGUUUUGUGAAUAUAAAUGUGCACAAAAUUCUAGAGCUUCUAUACUGUAAGUAUACUACUUCUCAGGGGAAGGAUCUAAUAAUCCCUAUCUUCAAAGUACCAGGAACAUACCAAGUGCCUAACAGAUAAUAUUUCAAACCACAGCUGACUAAACAGAAAUAGUAUGUAUGACUUGCACUAAUUAUUGAGAA